AUCUCUUAUCUCAUUCUUCAGCUGAAAGACUAUCAGCUGUUUGAAUUUCUUUCAAGAUCAUUCAUUCAAGAAAGAUGGUAGGUUCUGAAUCAUGAGAAUACUUUUGUUAUUAUGAGUAAUAGUAAUAAUAAUAAUAGACAGAGAUCGUAUUCUCGUAACUCUUCGAUUGGAAUAGCAAAUGAAUACUUGCUACCAGGAGGUAGUUUGGCAUCUUACAGUGGUAGCAUCAGCAGAGAGUACAGAUUUUGUGCUAUCGAACAUCCUAGUGUCAAGUCCCAUACAGGUAAAGAAUCGGCAUUUUUCGAUCCAAGUAAGGCGGAAGCAGAUAAGACAUGUCAAGACUAUGUCAAGGAUGCAGAAGAGCUACAUAAAAAGUUGAAGCGAAAGUUGCAAGGAAAACCAUACAAUCAAAAGGAUUUGAUCAAGGCAAAUUUGAUCCUCACAUCUAUGAGGAAUGAGGUGAUACUGAGAAACGUAAUCUCUGACCUCGUGAGCCAUCAUCAGUCUUCUUCCAAAAAAAGGAGAGUUUUGAGGCUAGAGCUCCAAGAAACCGAGAGAAGAGCAAAUUGGUAUCAUUCAGCUUUACAAAGAUUGAUUGCAGAUGCUGAUAGAAAGGAAAAACUUGACAAGGCAAGAACAUACAUCUCAUAUGGUACACUGCUCAAAAUUUCUGUCAUACUUCAGUUCAAUUUGUUGGAUAAAGUUCCUUAUCCAACAGAAAGAUAUCAUUCUCAUGGGAUAAUCCAGGUGAUAUUAUAUGGCUUACUCCUCAUAUUUGUGGCCUUACCUAUCCAUUUGGCAGUUAGAACCAUUAGUCAGUACAGUAAAUCUCUGGUAAUCAAUUCAUGGAAUUUCUGUCCAUUUUUCAAAGGAGUUGGAUGCAUAACACUGCUUGUUGGAGGCUACUACAUGCUGCAAUCUGUAAACGUAGUCUCGGUUGCAUUGUACAUGUUCAUUGAUGUAUUGAGGGGCAGUGUCGGUUGGUCGACUUGUCCGAAUGGAGAGAAUGAACACUGUUCAUCAUCUGCUUCUAAUUACACAAGGAUCAACUGUAAUGAAACAAAUGAAUCACAAAUACCAAUGAUAAUGAACUCCGGAACUGUUUACUACUAUACAGUCCUGGAGGAAGCUUUCAACUUGUCCAAUAAAUCAAUAAAAUACACUGGCCUUCUCUGUGUCUUCUCUAUCUGGGCAUUGAUCUGUACAUUCAUGCUGAUUGGCUUUGAACGAUUCAUAAAGGUGGUUGAAAUCCUGUUCAUUCCUAUUAUUGUAACAGCAGUGCUGCUCCUGAUUGCGUUAUAUAAUGGAAAUGAACCAAUGGGUUUGGGAAUCCAAAAUUUGUUCAGUAUGGUUACUAACGAUCCAUCUGUCGUUCAAAGAAAUAUGGUGCUAUUCGAUGUCCUGCUCAGUGUUCAAGUGGUGAAUGGAGUCAUCAACUUUCUAGCGGCACACGCUCCUCAAAAUGAGAACCCGAUUGUGGAUACCUACAUUUUCGGUCUUUUGGAUCUGUUCAUUCACUAUACCGUGACAAUUUUCGUAUUUGCUGCAGCGGGUUUCCUUCAAGGCUAUUACAAUGCUGUCCAUUGCUCCUGUUUCCUAAUCUACCGGGAUAUUACCAUUUUGGCUCUCAUACCAGAAUUUCUAAGCAGAGUAUACAUGGGAAAAUAUUUGGUUGUGCUGUUUUUGGUUUUUCUCAUACUCACUCAGAUCAUCUAUAUAGUUAUUGUUGGCUUUACAAUAGUUAAAAGUGUGACAGAUUUGAUAGUUGAGGGAGCAGCACAUAUGUACGCAGUUUUCGUUGUGGUUGCCUCUGGAGUUGCUAUGAAUUUUUUCUUACAUCUAUCGAACUCUCCAGAUAAUCAUCUGUCUCAAAAAGUCAGUAGCGGUAUCCAACUGUCAGCAUUAUUUGCAGUAGCUGUCUUCCUGUUUGCAAUGGUCAUCUUGUACAGCACUUCCAAGUUAUGCUCUAAUAUUGCUAUGAUGAUUGGAGCCAGGCCCGGACCUCUCUGUGACACCUUGAUCAAGCUGUCAUUUCUUCUAUAUUUUUGCUUGGGAUACAGCAAUAUCAUUUAUGUAAUGAUCAACCCUACUAUAAAAGAUUGGGGAUUUUUGUUCGAAUUAUUUUUUGUGGUGACUGUUCCUCUAGUAUUCUCAGCGAUGUUCAAGAUAUCAGAAUCGUCACGAAAUGCUAACUCUCCAGAUAAUCAUCUGUCUCAAAAAGUCAGUAGCGGUAUCCAACUGUCAGCAUUAUUUGCAGUAGCUGUGUUCCUGUUUGCAAUGGUCAUCUUGUACAGCACUUCCAAGUUAUGCUCUAAUAUUGCUAUGAUGAUUGGAGCCAGGCCCGGACCUCUCUGUGACACCUUGAUCAAGCUUGCUUGGGAUACAGCAAUAUCAUUUAUGUAA